GGCACGCAACUUCUAGUCUGGAGCCCAGGGAAGCCAGCCCAGGACGACCCAUUCUAGCUCCCCGCGGAGGAGUGGGCGCUCCACCUCCCAGGCCCGCUGCUUUCGGAGCGGGACCAAGAUGGAGCUGGAGGCAGGGGCUGCUGCCCUCGCCUCGCCCGUCAGGGGCGCGAGAACAGCCCCGGGGAAGCGCGGCUGCCCCCUCCCCUUUGAUGCCGCACACACGUGCCAGGCUGCAGUUGGAAUGAGGACCGGAAUGACAGCCCGGGCGCGGGCGGCCUGGGAAGUGCAUCAGCAGGUCGAGGGCUGAGUCAGUAGCCCGUGCUGAGACGGGGCGGAGGCACAGCCUGGGGAACUCGCCGCGCUCUGGGACAGCCAGCGAGAAACUACCCGGGAGCAGACAGGUGCACCAAGAACUCUCCUCCUCCGUCCUGCGACCCUGUGCGGCCCGGCCCCGAGGCCCUGGAAUCCUGAGCUCUGGAACAGCCCAUGAGGCUCCCAGUCCCCACUGAGCGCCGCCCUGAAGGAUGUCCCAGCUCUCCUCCACCCUGAAGCGCUACACAGAAUCGACCCGCUACACAGAUGCCCCUUACGGCAAACCGGGCUAUGGCACCUACACCCCAUCCUCCUAUGGGGCCAACCUGGCCACCUCCUUCCUGGAGAAGGAAAAGCUCGGCUUCAAGCCGAGCCCCUCCACCAGCUUCCUCACCCGUCCUGGGAUCUACGGCCCCUCCUCCAUCCUGGAUUUUGACAGGGGCCGCCCCCUGCUGAGACCCGACAUCAUUCGGGGUAGUAAGCGGGCAGAGAGCCAGACCCGGGGCACCGAGCGGCCUUUAGGCAGUGGGCUCAGCGGCGGCAGUGGAUGCUCGUAUGGAGUAACCAGCAGCUCCCUCAGCUACCUGCCCAUGAAUGCCUGUGACCAGGGGCUGACCCUGGCCCAGAAGAAGUCGAACAGCCAAUCAGACCUGGCCCGGGAUUUCUCCAGCCUCCGGACCUCAGACAGCUACCGGAUCGACCCUGGGAACCUGGGCCGCAGCCCCAUGCUGGCCCGCACGCGCAAGGAGCUCUGUGCCCUGCAGGGGCUCUACCAGGCAGCCAGCCGCCCCGAGUACCUGGUGGACUAUCUGGAGAACUACGGUAGCAAGGGCAGCGCACCCCAGGUGCUCACCCAGGCCCCUCCCUCACGAGGCGUCCCCGAAGUCCUCAGUCCCACCUACCGACCCAGUGGCCGCUACACACUGUGGGAAAAGAGCAAGGGCCAGGCCCCGGGGUCCAGCCGCUCCAGCUCCCCAGGGCGAGACACCAUGAAUUCUAAGAGCGCCCAGGGUCUGGCUGGUCUCCGAAACCUUGGGAACACGUGCUUCAUGAACUCGAUUCUUCAGUGCCUGAGCAACACCCGGGAGCUGAGAGAUUACUGCCUGCAGCGGCUCUACAUGCGGGACCUCAGCCACAGCAGCAAUGCGCACACCGCCCUCAUGGAAGAGUUUGCAAAGCUAAUCCAGACCAUAUGGACUUCGUCCCCCAAUGACGUGGUGAGCCCCUCUGAGUUCAAGACCCAGAUCCAGAGAUACGCACCGCGCUUCGUCGGCUAUAAUCAGCAGGACGCCCAAGAGUUUCUGCGCUUCCUUCUGGAUGGGCUGCACAACGAGGUGAACCGAGUCACGGCGAGGCCCAAGUCCAACCCGGAGAACCUCGACCACCUUCCGGACGAUGAGAAGGGGCGGCAGAUGUGGAGGAAGUACCUGGAACGGGAAGACAGUCGGAUUGGGGAUCUCUUUGUUGGACAGCUGAAGAGCUCCCUGACCUGCACAGACUGUGGCUACUGUUCUACAGUCUUCGACCCCUUCUGGGACCUGUCCCUGCCCAUCGCGAAGCGAGGUUAUCCCGAGGUGACGUUAAUGGACUGCAUGAGGCUCUUUACCAAAGAGGACGUGCUCGAUGGCGAGGAGAAGCCGACAUGCUGUCGCUGCCGGGCCAGAAAACGGUGUAUAAAGAAGUUCUCCAUCCAGAGGUUCCCAAAGAUCUUGGUGCUCCAUCUGAAGCGGUUCUCAGAAUCCAGGAUACGAACCAGCAAGCUCACAACAUUUGUGAACUUCCCACUGAGAGACCUGGACUUGCGAGAAUUUGCCUCAGAAAACACCAACCACGCUGUUUACAACCUGUACGCUGUGUCCAAUCACUCCGGAACCACCAUGGGCGGCCAUUACACCGCCUACUGCCGGAGUCCCGCGACGGGCGAGUGGCACACUUUCAACGACUCCAGUGUCACAGCCAUGUCCUCCAGCCAAGUGCGCACCAGCGACGCCUAUCUGCUCUUCUACGAGUUGGCCAGUCCACCUUCCCGUAUGUAGCAGCGGGGAGCUGCGUCCCUCUCCCUUCCCUGUGGCGGCCCACACCCUAAGUUUUUUAAAAAGACAAAAAAAAAAACAAAACAAAACAAAAGCAAACAACAAAAAAACAAACUUGACAAAUAAGAGAAAAAAACUACAAUAAA